GUAAUUGAAGGUAGAAGAGAGGCCGGAAACUAAACCCUCAAAGGAAGAAGGGAUCUGCCUGCCUUUGGCUCUGAGCUGGUUGCCGCAGACUGGUCGCCGUUUCUAUGAUUGGAUGCUGGGAAGCCCACUGGUCCCAAGGUCUACACAUGAAGUCACCGUAAAGAGGGUGGCUCCCGCUUCGUAAAGACCUCAUCGCCGCGAGGUGAGGCUAAGAUGAGCAUAACCAGUGACGAGGUGAACUUUCUGGUUUAUCGGUAUCUCCAGGAGUCAGGUUUUUCCCACUCGGCUUUCACGUUCGGGAUCGAGAGCCACAUCAGCCAGUCCAACAUCAAUGGGACGCUAGUGCCACCAGCUGCCCUCAUCUCCAUCCUGCAGAAGGGGCUGCAGUAUGUGGAAGCUGAGAUCAGCAUCAAUGAGGAUGGCACAGUAUUUGAUGGCCGCCCCAUAGAGUCCCUGUCCCUGAUCGAUGCUGUGAUGCCCGAUGUGGUGCAGACACGGCAGCAGGCGUUCCGGGAGAAGCUCGCCCAGCAGCAGGCCAGUGUGGCGGCCACGGCGGCGGCGGCGGCAGCGGCAGUGGCAGCAGCAGCAGCGACAGCAACGAUGGCGACAGCAGCUGUUUCCCAGCAAAAUCCACCAAAGAACGGAGAGGCCACGGUGAAUGGGGAGGAGAACGGAACACAUGCAAUAAAUAAUCACUCAAAACCAAUGGAAAUAGACGGAGAUGUUGAGAUUCCACCCAACAAAGCCACAGUCCUUCGGGGCCACGAGUCCGAGGUGUUCAUUUGUGCCUGGAACCCUGUCAGCGAUCUGCUGGCUUCCGGAUCCGGAGACUCCACGGCGAGGAUAUGGAACCUGAAUGAGAACAGCAGCGGGGGCUCCACGCAGCUCGUGCUGAGGCACUGUAUCCGGGAAGGGGGCCACGAUGUCCCCAGUAACAAAGACGUCACCUCGCUGGACUGGAACAGCGACGGAACGCUAUUGGCUACAGGUUCGUACGACGGUUUUGCAAGAAUAUGGACGGAAGAUGGUAACCUGGCCAGCACCUUAGGCCAACACAAAGGCCCCAUCUUUGCCUUGAAAUGGAACAAAAAGGGGAAUUACAUUUUGAGUGCUGGUGUAGACAAAACAACAAUAAUUUGGGACGCCCACACAGGAGAAGCCAAACAACAGUUCCCGUUUCAUUCAGCGCCCGCUCUCGACGUGGACUGGCAGAACAACACUACCUUCGCCUCCUGUAGCACGGACAUGUGCAUUCACAUCUGCCGGCUCGGCUGCGACCGCCCAGUCAAGACCUUCCAAGGACACACGAACGAGGUCAACGCCAUUAAGUGGGAUCCCUCGGGAAUGCUGCUGGCGUCCUGCUCAGAUGACAUGACAUUGAAGAUCUGGAGUAUGAAGCAGGACACGUGUGUCCACGACCUUCAAGCCCACAGCAAGGAGAUCUACACCAUCAAGUGGAGCCCCACCGGGCCAGCCACCAGCAGCCCAAACUCCAACAUCAUGCUGGCGAGCGCUUCGUUCGAUUCUACGGUCCGGCUGUGGGACGUCGAGCGAGGCGUCUGCAUCCACACGCUGACCAAACAUCAGGAGCCCGUCUACAGUGUAGCUUUUAGCCCCGAUGGGAAGUACCUGGCCAGCGGCUCCUUCGACAAGUGUGUCCACAUCUGGAACACUCAGAGUGGGAGUCUCGUCCACAGCUACCGAGGCACCGGUGGCAUCUUCGAGGUGUGCUGGAAUGCCCGAGGUGACAAAGUGGGUGCCAGCGCGUCUGAUGGCUCUGUGUGUGUUUUAGAUCUGCGGAAGUGACCACAAAACGUUACAGAAAAAAGAGAAAAGGAAGUCUAAUGGACCAGCAAGGACUGUGUGAGGUUGCAGCACUCUCAGACCAAUUCCGCCAGCCCCCGCACUGUCCGAACUGACUUUUGUGUUAGCGUGUGCUCCGAAAUCAGCUCAUCCCUGGCCACAGGAGUCUGUAUCUUCUUUGUAAUCUUCAUCGAGAAGUUAAAAAAAAAAAAGCAAACAAAAGAAAAAGCAAACACAGUGUCAUAUCAAGGGGGGAAGGGACGGUUCCCACCGGGGACAUGCAGCCUGGGGAACACGGAGCCACCGGCUGGAUGCGCCCAGUUUGGUUUCCAUCUGCAACAGGCUCUGUGAGGGCUGAACAGAACAGAAAACAAUUUUUAAAAGCUGUGCUAAAAAAAAAAAAAAAAGAAAAGAAAAACGCUGUGAUAAACCUACCGAAAGGGGAAGAACGACAGAAAAAAAACCUCCUCCUUGCUGUGGCGUUUUUUUGUUUUGCUUUGUUUCCCCUGACAAUUUGGACACUACAGUUGCUCUCGCAGAGGAUGUUCAGAGACCAGUUUGUACCGAUGAAACGCGCAGCUUUGUAAUCCCAACGCUUUCUAUUUUCUAGAAUCUUCUUUGUUGGGUGGUUUUUCCGUCAGCUGGAAAUCUGUUGCGGGGGGGGGG